GGUCCGGUGUGCGCUCAGCCCUGUCCGUUCGGAUGGUUCGGCAUGAACUGCUCGCAGGAGUGCACGUGUCGUAACGGAGGCCUGUGUGACCACAUCAGCGGUCAGUGUCAGUGCAUGGCCGGCUACACUGGAGAGAGAUGUCAGCAUGAAUGUCCGGUGGGCACGUACGGACCUCAGUGUGCACACAAGUGUGACUGYCAGAACGGAGCCAAGUGUUACCACAUCAACGGGGCCUGCCUGUGCAACGAGGGCUUCAAGGGUCCCAGCUGCCAGGACCGGUUCUGUCCCGCCGGCCUGUAUGGACUCCUCUGUGACAGAUACUGUCCCUGCAAGGUGGACAAGACGCUCAGCUGCCACCCUCUGACUGGAGAGUGCACCUGUGCAGCUGGGUGGGCGGGGCUUUACUGUAACGAGACCUGCCCUGCAGGUUACCAUGGUGAGGGCUGCAGGGAGCCGUGUAACUGCACUAAUGGGGCCGACUGUGAUGGCAUGACCGGAGCCUGUGUCUGUGCACCAGGAUACAUA